AACAAAAAGAUGCAGAGACAGAGAGAAUGACACUGGUGAGCUUCUGGUCUCCACAUGCGUGUGCACAGGUACGGACAUAUGCACGUGCACACUCACACUCACAGACAGACAGACAGACAGACACAGACACACACACACACACAAAUAUGAGGAUUUCCUUUCUGCCCUCGUGAUGGGAGGGUCCAGCGGAGUAGAAAGCAGCAGAGGAGGAGCCUCCACCUAAGAGGCUCCAGUCCUACACAGCUUCUCCAUGUCUUCUCAGCACCACCUCUUCUGUGGGCAUAGCCUAUGUUUGCUGUCACAGGAGACGGUGACGUUCAGGGACGUGGCCGUGGUCUUCAGCGAGGAGGAGCUGGGGCUGCUGGACGCCGCCCAGAAGCAGCUGUAUCGUGACGUGAUGCUGGAGAACUUCAGGAUGCUGCUCUCAGUGGCACAUCAGCCUUUCAAACCAGAUCUGAUAGCCCAGCUGGAGAAGGAAGAGAAGCUUUACAUGGAGGAGACCCAAGGAGGAAGCAAGGGUGGACAUGCUGUGGACAGCGCCGAAGAUGUGGAAUUAAACUCCCUUUGUCCCAGAGAGCUCUCCUCCUGUCAGACCUGCGUGUUACCCGGGGCUCGGGACUUGGUGAGAAGAUGUCCAGGGAGGAACACUGAGUCUCAGAACCAUGGAGAUCUUCCCUGCUCGGUGUGCGCAGAGCUGCCGGUUCAGAUUUCUGAAGAUGGGAACUACGUGUUGCCCCCUGUAGGUGGCGACUCUUGUAUGACAAAUCAAGAGUUUCCUUCUCAGCAGUCUUGGAGGGACUCAUGUCUCAGUGGGCCAUGUACUUGCCAGUGGGAAGGUCAGCAACCAUCCGUGGGAAGUCAUUUCUGUAGAUAUGACAGCGUUGGGUGGCUCUCACACCACAGUGACAAUGAGGGGGUACACAGGAAGGGGACAAGCUGUAGUUUCCAUGGCUACAGAGAAGAGACCAUGAAGGCGUUGUCACUUAAGCAGGACUUGAUUAAACCGAGGCCCGAGCCCUGCCCGUGUGCGGAGUAUGGAAGAGCCUGGGGCCAUGGCGACGGCAGUGACCACAGCUCUCACACACAUCAGCGGCUCCAUUCGAGAGGGAAGCCCUGUCCACGCAGUCCACGUGGAAAGGGCUGUCCCGACAGGUCAGCUCUUCACGUUCAUCCAAGUGUGGAGGCAGGAGGUGCAGGUGCUGUUGAGAGGGCUCCCCUGGGGUCCCCUCCAGGAGCGUGUUCAGAGCCGAGGCUGUGCCAAUGCAGCGAGAACGUCCGUCACGGCUCCCCUCUUAGCACCCAGAAGGGCAGCGUCCCCGAGAAAGCUUUGGAUUGCUGUUUACACUGUAACAGUAAUUUUAGGGCCCACAUUAGGGAAGAACCCAACAAAUAUGAGAAGAAUGGGAAUGUUUCUAAUCAGAGUUUAUAUCUUCAAGUUAACCAGAACAUCCAUGCUGAAGAGAAGCUAUAUCCAGGUGUGGACUCUAGAAAAGAUUUGACACAUUGCUCAAAUUUCAACACUCAGCACAGAGUUCAUGUGGAAGAGACUCUCUGUAACUCUGAGUGUGGUAAGCACUUCAGUCCACCCCCACCUUUCCAGGACUUUCCAACAGUGGACCCCAGGGAACAAGCACAUAAGCAUACAGGCAGCACCAGCUUCAGUCAGAAUUUGUGUACUCAAGGCCAUCAGCAGCUUCACAUCGGAGAGAAGCCUUUUUAUAAAGAGGGUGGAAAUGGCCAUAACUGGAGUCCCAGCCCCAGAGACCAUCAGAAACGGAAGCCUCACAAAUGCAACACCUGUGGGAAAGCCUUCAGUCACAGAUCGGUCCUUAACGUUCACCAGAGAGUUCACACCGGAGAGAAACCAUACAAGUGUGAAGAGUGUGGGAAGGACUUCAGCCGGAAUUCCUACCUCCAAGCCCACCAGAGAGUUCACACCGGAGAGAAACCAUACAAGUGUGAAGAGUGUGGGAAGGACUUCAGCCGGAAUUCUUACCUCCAAGCCCACCAGAGAGUUCACACCGGAGAGAAACCGUACAAGUGUGCGGAGUGUGGGAAGGGCUUCAGUCGGAGUUCACACCUUCAAGGCCACCAGAGAGUUCACACCGGAGAGAAACCAUACAAGUGUGCGGAGUGUGGGAAAGGCUUCAGCUGGAGCUUUAAUCUUCAAAUUCAUCAGCGGGUUCACACGGGAGAAAAACCCUAUAAAUGUGGAGAAUGUGGCAAAGGCUUCAGCAAGGCCUCAACUCUCCUGGCCCAUGAGAGAGUCCACACGGGAGAGAAGCCUUACCAGUGUGACCAGUGUGGGAAGGGUUUCAGUCAGAGAUCGUACCUUCAGAGCCACCGGAGCGUUCACUCUGGGGAGAGACCAUAUAGAUGUGAGGUGUGUGGGAAGGCCUUCAGCCAGAGAGCAUAUCUCCAAGGUCACCAGAGAGUCCACACGAGGGUGAAACCACAUAAAUGUGAGGUGUGUGGGAAGGCCUUCAGCCAGAGUUCCCGCCUUGAGGCCCACCGCAGGGCCCACGUGGGGGGAAAACCGUACAAGUGUGAGACGUGCACGAAGGGAUUUAGUGAGCGCUCCCGCCUCCAGGCGCACCGGAGGAUCCACACAGAGGGGAGCCCGUACAGAUGUGAGCAGUGUGGUAAGGGCUUCGGUGGGUGUUCCAGUCUCCAGGCCCAUCACAGAGUCCACACUGGGGAGAAGCCGUACAAGUGUGAGGUGUGUGGGAAAGCCUUCAGCCAGAGAUCAAAUCUGCAAGCUCACCGGCGAGUCCACACGGGAGAGAAACCCUACACGUGUGACGCUUGUGGGAAGGGUUUCCGUUGGAGCUCAGGCCUUCUGAUCCAUCAAAGAGUCCACAGCAGCGAGAAGUUCUGUAGGAGGGAAGAGUGCAGAAGCAGUCACCCUCCUGAGAACCUUUGCAGAAGCCAAGGCCUGUCAAAUGCCGUUCUGUUUUGUUAACGAAAGUGUGGUGUUUGUACCCAACAUGAAUGCCAGUGGUGGCUGGAAACAACAUGGCGUAGAG